AUGCCAGCGCCGGACAAUUGCAUACAAAUAGAGCAACAACUAUUCAACCCUCUUGAAACAGCCUAUGAAGAAAGUCCCGGCUCAUCAAUGUGCUCAUCGACAUUCUCCGAAAGCCCCAAGCCAUCACUACCAGAAAUAGCAGAGUCGCAAUUUAACAAACCUCCCUACGACCAAAAACCAGACCCGUUCCUACAGGCUUACCCAGCACACACAUUCACCCCCACAGAUUUCGCCUUACUAGAACACUACCUCGAGCACACAAGCAAAGACCUAACCGUCGACAACGGCGACCAAUACGCCCUCCAAAUCGGCAUCCCCAAUCUAGCCCUACAAAGCAAACCGCUCAUGCGCUCACUGCUCGCCUUCUCGGCAAUAUGCAAAUGCAACGACAUAAUCAGCCAGACACCAGUAUCCCCAGCAAACCGCGACAAGGUCUUAGAGCUGUUGUCCACCGCUGACAGGUACCAUAUGGAGUCGUUGCGGGAGAUCCAGCACACCCUGUCUGAAGUCAGACACUAUGACCAUAUCCUUGCGAAUGCAGCGAUGAUGGGCAUGUAUGGAUCAGGUAGCCAUUGCAUUCGCAUUUGGCUGGCUGGGAGUGCUGCUGGGGGAAAGAAACUGGGUGGCGGGUUCGGGCCGAAGAGUUGCCAGUGGAUUAGCUUGUUUCGGGCUGUGAGGGUCGCUUAUGGGGGGCUGAUGAAUGUGAAUGGGGCGUGUGGGGUGAAUGGCAAGGUGCGGAUUAGGCUUGCCUCUGAUGCUACGCUAGUUGGUACCAGCCAACAGCGGAGAGAGCCGCUAGAUCAUCCGCUAUACCCUAUUCUCGCUGCUACGGUUGCUUCUGCCAUGGCGAAGCUCGACAAGAAGGCCAGUGAGAUAGCGAGCGAUAUGAGCAGAGUGCAGACCGACAAUAAAUUGGGUGGUUUUCGCGACUGGGGUUCAUCGGCUGUCCACAGUGACUCUGACUUGCAGGCGUGUUUGACUGCUUUGGAGCUAUUCAGAAACAUUGUCGGCGAGACUUUUCCGACCAAAAGUGCGAACUCGGUCGCUUUAGAUGACCGUUCUCGUCGUUUCGAAGAUGAUGGUAAUCCCAUGGACCAGAUUCCAAAUAUAUCGCCCUGGAUGCGAAGGUAUACAGCCAGCAUAACUUCCACAGUCCCCUCUCGACUCCCGCGGAGAUUCAUAAUGGCAUUUAUUCAUAAAGCGCCGACCCGCUACUUAGAAUUGAUCGAAGAGAUGAUAGGUUUUAUCUUAGGCGGAGAACCAGUCGAGUGUCUUUUUGGCUCCGCAGAGCCUGGCUUAGCGCACCAGCUGGCCAUGGAGAUAUUUGUCCACUGGCUUGUCUUGGUUCUCAUGUUGGAUAAUGUAUGGUGGAUUGGUGCUACUGGGGCUUGGGAACUCGGGCAGAUUGUUGCUUCCCGGAGAGAUGGGCAAUGGCGUGGAUGGCUGUUGAAUCAGGAGGGCGAUUGGUGGCCUGGGAGUAUGUUGGAGAUCAGUAGGCAGCUUGACAAGUAUCGGGAGAAGACGUGA